UAUAUGUUUGCUGGCGAUAGGAUUUUACGGUGUUAGUGUUGUAAGGCCUGGCAGUAAUAACAUUUUAGUCGUCAAAACCCCGUACGUGCAACGAGGUAGCGGUUGAGAACAAUUGUGCCGCGUUGGAGAUGUGCGUUUACUAUUACCGGAAACGAUCGGGGUCGACAGCUUUCGCGCCGUUGGACUUGCGCAAGGCGAUAGAGCGCGGCCACUACGAUACGGUGAAACGGAUGAUAACGUGGAACCGGUACCUGAUGCAUUGCCCUUCCGGCCGGACGUCCGACUAUCCGGUGCACGUGGCCGUGCAGGCCGGCCAUCAGCGGAUCGUCAAGCUGCUGCUGAACAGAGGAGCCGACCCCAACGCCAGGAACGCGCACCGCAAGACACCAAUGCACCAGUGUGUCUUAAACUGCCGGCAUAACAUUGUCGGUCUGCUGGUCGACCACGGCGCCGAACUGGACUCCACCGACGGCUCCAACAACACGCCGUUGGACUUGGCCACGUUGAUGAACGAAAAACGGUGUUUGGACUUGUUGUUGAACUAUGAAGUUCCCCAGAAUGCGCUGAACAGAGCCUUUUACAAAGCGGUGUCGCAGGACAAUACGGUGCUCAUGAACAAGCUACUUAACCGCGGCGCAGAACUGGAGUACAGGGACGAGGUGACUGGUUUCACGGCAUUGCUGAUGGCCAUCAAGAGCAAACACGUUAGAUCCACACAAUUACUAUUGGAAAAAGGCGCCAAUCCCAUGGUCCACGAUUUCUUCAGGUGGACGUGCCUACAUUUUGCGGUGUACUUCCAAUUCCCUCAACGCAUACUCGCGAUGAUAUUGCAAAACUGUUCGAAAAAGCUGAUCGAUUUCAAGACUUGUAAUCAAGAGACGGCGCUGCACUUGGCGGCCAAAAGGGGCAACGAGAUGGCGGCGUUUACGCUGCUCCGGGCCGGCGCCACGGUCAACAGCCUGGACUGCAGGUCCCGGACGCCACUGCUUACCGCGUUGCACUGGCAAAACGAAAUGGUCGCCCGGUUCAUCGUCCACGCGGGCGCCAACGUCAACCGCGUGCCCGGCUCCAUCCAGACGCCCUUGCACGCCGCCGUGGCGCGCAACAACCUGUCCCUGGUGCAAUUGAUGCUCGAGCAUGGGGCCCAAGUGGUCGACCUGGACAACGAGGACAUCGACUGGACGGUCAUACACUCCGCGUGCGAGACAGGUGACGUGAAGAUGUUGGAAUGCCUGUUGGAUUUCUGCGAACCGGACGUGUUGGCCGCCCUACACUGUGGACGCCGACCGAAACCGCCUCUGUUCGUGGCCGCUUGCCGGGGCCAUUCGACCGCCGUCAAGGCGCUGUUGGCACGCGGCGUGGACAUCAACACCCGGUCGGAGAACAACGAGACGGCGUUGCACGCGGCCGUGCGCGCCAACAACGCGGGUCUGGUCGAGACGCUGUUGAACGCGGGCGCUUGCAUCGACGCCCGAGACUCGCUGACGGCCUCGCGGCCACUGGACGUGUCCGUCUACACAUGGGGACGGCGCGUGACCGUCACCGCGCAGCUCAUGCACUCGGACCGCAUGGCCAAAGCCGUCAUCCGGCACGACCUGGACACCGUGUCGUUCCUGCUGUCGUGUGGCGUCUCGCCGAACAUGACCACCGAGGCGUUCGGGUCGCCGCUGCACGUGGCCGUCCGGCACCGCCGGUACGAGCUGAUGGCCACCAUAUUGUCGUCCGACCGGAGCCGCACCUCGAUCCGGCACAACGGCGUCACGCCGCUCGACUACGCCACCGACAUGGGCGACGCGCGCGCCGUCAAGAUGAUCCUGUGGAAGAACCUGCGGCGCAGCAGACACUCGAGCCUCAUCAGGGCCGACAAGAAGAAAAAGACGACGACGACGACAAAACGAACGUCAAGAGCACCGUUGCCAUUGCAGGGCGACAGUCCCAGACGUACGUCUAUUUGACGAAUCCCAAACAAACAAAAUAACGGGGGGGGGGGGAUUACUAUUAGACACACCUUUUGUUUUACUAUCUUAAUGCGCUUAAGGUAAAUCAGAAUUUAGGUUUUUCUUUUUUUUUAAUAUUUACAAUUUAUGAGACGACGCAUGACCGAUGAUUUGAAACGUUUUAUUCGAAUCGGUUUUUUUUUUGCUCUUCUGAUUAUUUUAAGUUGUUUUAUUUUUAUCUUAACGGGCAGUUGCCAGUAUAUUUAUUUUGCGCUUUACUAUGAUUUUUAUUUUUUAAACGUUUUGUACAGUGUUAACAUAUAAUUAAUAAUUUUCGACGUUAUAAACAGGUUGAAAAUCGCCUGUUUUAGAGAAAAUCUCUAAAAAAAAAAAAAAAAAAAUGUUUAUAUUAUAUAAUUAGGUAUUAUAAAGAAAUUGUUUAAACGAGUAAUAAUUAAUAACCAAAGAUUACCACUGUGAUUUAUUUUACUAUUAGAAAUUAACUAUAGACCUUAACUAGGCCUAACAUAACA